CUCCCCUGCCACCAGGAGUAUCUGUGUGAUCGCCGCUGCCAGCGUGGCAGGCCGUGCGGGCGCCACCUGUGCAAGCGCCGCUGCUGUGCUGGCGACUGCCCCCCCUGCCCCGAGGUGUGCGGUCGCAAGCUACGGUGUGGUAACCACAAGUGUCCCGCUCCUUGCCACAGCGGCCCCUGUGCGCCCUGCCCUGUUACAGUGCGCAUUGCAUGCUUCUGUGGCACCACUGCUUUUUCCGUCCCCUGUGGAGCGGAGAAGCAGCAGCGCCCUCCCAGGUGCCACAUGCGCUGCCCCGUGCCCCCCACAUGCCACCACGGGGAUUCCUGUCGGCCGCAUCGCUGUCACUACGGGGCGUGCCCCCCUUGCAGCCUCCCCUGCGGCGAGCCCUUUGACUGCGGCCACUCCUGCCCGCUCAGGUGCCACGGCCCCCGCCCGCCUCCCAACCCUCCUUUCUCCCUUGAACCACCCAAGAAGAAGAAGAAAGGGAAGAAGGAGGGCGAGGAGGAGGAGGGGCAGGGGAAGCCAGGGUCGCCGUGCCCCCCAUGUGUGGUGCCGGUGGUGCGCGAGUGCAGAGGGCGGCAUGAGGGUCAAGAGUGUGAGCUCCCCUGCUCACACGACCCUGCCUUCUCGUGCGAGCUACCCUGCGGUAACCCCCUUGCAUGCGGUAACCAUGCAUGCCAGCUGGCAUGCCACGUCAUCACCCGCUCGCGAACCGUAGAUGGACAGAGAGUGUUGGUGGCAGGGGAGGGAGAGGAGGAGGGGGGAGUGAGGGAGGUGGAGGAGGGAGGGGAGGAGGGGAGGAGAUUGCCUCGUGACACAUGCUACCCUUGCAAGCGACCAUGUCAGAAGCCCAGGGACCCUCCAUGCGCGCAUCCCUGCCCGGAGCCGUGCCAUCCGGGCAGCUGCCCGCCGUGCAAAAACCCUUUGAGGAAACGGUGCUACUGUGGCAUCAUGACCCAUGCGAUCGAGUGUGGCCAAUGGGGCGCUGCCACGGAGGCGGAGAGAGUCAAGAUGGUUUCCUGCACGGGGCCCUGCCACAAGAAGCUGCCGUUCUGUUCGCACAUGUGUGUGGAAAUGUGUCACCCUGGCCCCUGCCCCAAGCCAACUCAGUGCCGCAAGAAGGUCACGGUGCGCUGUGCAUGCCUGCGCCUCAAGAAAGAGUGGCUGUGCUCCCAAGUGCAAUCCGCCACUGCCAAGGCCGCUGCCAACGGUGCAAGCAACCCCUCCAGCAGCAUAGACUGCAGCACCAAUGCCAGCAGCAGUGGCGGGGGCGGUGGUGGUGGGAGACUGCGGGAGUCAAUGGUGGGGGUGCGGCGCUGCGCCAUCAUCGCCUCCCCUCCUGCUGCUGCUUGCUGCUGGGGUGGGCCUCAAGGCACCACUUUCACUCACCCCCUUUCGCUUCUCUCACUCACCCCCUUUCGCUUCUCUCACUCACCCCCUUUCGCUUCUCUCACUCACCCCCUUUCGCUUCUCUCACUCACCCCCUUUCGCUUCUCUCACUCACUCCCUCUUCUCUCACGCAUCCCAUCCCAACCAACCCUCCGCCCACCCCCUUUGACCGCCCAUCACCAGGGGUUCAUUCCUCCUGCUGGGUUCAUUCCUCCUGCUGUGCGGCGCUGGGCCCUCACCCCCUCAUCCCAACCCUUCUCCCCCCCUUCCCCACCCCCUUCGAUCGCCCAUCACCAGGGGUUCAUUCCUCCUGCUGUGCGGCGCUGGGCCCUCACCCCCCUAUCCCAGCCCUUCUCCCCCCCUUCCCCACCCCCUUCGAUCGCCCAUCACCAGGGGUUCAUUCCUCCUGCUGUGCGGCGCUGGGCCCUCACCCCCCUAUCCCAACCCUUCUCCCCCCCCUUCCCCACCCCCUUCGAUCGCCCAUCACCAGGGGUUCAUUCCUCCUGCUGUGCGGCGCUGGGCCGUCAUCAUCACUCUCCUUUGCCUACUCCUGCUGCUGCUGAUUGCGGCUGGGGUGGGCCUCAAGGCGCUCUCUGA